AUGGAGAGCAAAAUCCUUCCUAGAUCUAGGAUUCCAUCGUUAUACUCAGACUUUAGACAAUUACAAGAACUUAAUCCCGAAGGUUAUGAGGCCAAUGUCAGGAGUUGGAAGCAUUUUCUAUUGGACCAACUACUACUAGAUGAUUUAAUACUUCAAUGCGGUCAUGGGCUUUUAAAAAGGCUUUCAAAUCCCGAGAAUGGUGAACCCAGAAGUUUGGACGUGGUUCUAGAUGCGCUGGUAGCAGACGGAUCCAUCGUCGCAAUGGACCAUUUUAAGAGCAAUAAUAAGAGAUGGACCCAGAUCUCUGGUGCCAUUACAUGGACUCUUGGUGCUAUUUUGCCAAUGAUCUCAGCUUCCUCAAAGACCAGAAUCUCAGAGAGACAGCCUUACCUGCGAGAACAAAGUUAUGUGGUGUUACCAACGGUGGAGCGGAAAUAUGUGCCCAUAGAGAAAGCUAUUCGGCACCGUAUCUGCCAGAAUGCCACUAGGUAUUCAGAUUUGGUUUUUUCGAGACGAGAGUUUCUCGCAAUAACUAGUAUGGACACUCAAUUGAAGAAUUCGGAUGAGGUUGAUGUUAUGUUAGCGUACAUGGAAUACCACAAGAAACUUAUAACAAUACGUUCCGAUACCGUUAAGGUUUGCAGUAAUGAUGUCAGUAUGAUCGUGACAAAGUUUGGCGGUUUUGGCGUGUCAGAGGACGACGUGUGUAUAGCUUCCCUCAAGGAGACGAAAUCUCAGCUGAAUGCACAAGUAGCUAACCUAGAAGAACGGAUACGAAUCUCGAAAGAGCUCGUCAGUAUGAGUGUUCAACAGUGUAUGGCCAAAGACAUCCAAAAGACACGCCUGCGGACUCAGAAGCUGCUUGAAAAGAACAUGACAGUGGCUUGUCAAAGUCUACAAAGUGUGGAGCAGCUUUUGAACGAGGUUGAACUCGCCAUGGAUAAUGUUCAUUUGAAAAAUACAUUCGAGAAUAGUCGAAAGGCACUAAUGAAAAUAUCAACUCUUUUGGGAGAUGUUGACGAGAUUGAAGAAAUCAUGGAGGACAUCAAGGCCGAAAAUCUUAGGAAUGAGAAGAUUGGUGAAAUUUUGGGAGACAACCUUGAUAAACAAGCGGAUGACGAGCUUGAACGAGAGCUUGAAAAAAUGGGGACAGAACAAGAAGCAGACACUGAUAUGGUCAAUCGACUUGCAGGUUUGAAGAUUGUUGCAGGUAGCCCAGAAGAGCCAGAGAAGUCGAAAGAUUCGAAACUAGAGAAAGAGCCCCUGCAAGAACCUGCAGCCUAG